AUGAGCACCCUGGGGAAGUCGCCGGCCCCAGAGCUGACGGCAAUCACGGUUCUCCUGUUGGCCACCGCUGCCGCCAGUAAAGCAGAUCUGACAGCUUCAGCAAAUUCCUCUGGGCCUUCACUUCUGGCAUGGACCCUCCCAGCCCUCAUCCCGGACCAGGAAGCCAGGAAGCCAGGAAGCCAGGUCAUCCCGGACCAGGAAGGUUGCAGCAACUUCGACAAAGGUUGCACAUUGGUGGAGGCAGCGGUGGGUUCCAAGGCAACUCUUUCCUGUCGUUCCGUCCCAUUGGAGAAUCUCAUUAUGGUCUCGUGGACCAUUGUCUGCAGCAGGACUGCUAACUGGACCAUGGCUUACAGGAAUGAUACAGCCCAUAUUACCACACCUCCUGAUGUGAGAUUGGCCUGGGGACCGAGACCCGAUCUGAAUCCAGUCCUGCAGAUUGAUCCCGUGACAAUCACAGAUGACAGCUUUUAUCGUUGUGAUGUUGCAACGAGUCAGGGGAAUUUUGACUGCGGAUUUUGCCUGAGCGUGCUGGUGCCUCCCAUGGUCUCGCUGGUUGUGGGGAAGGACAGCCAGGUUGUGUGCGAGGCCUCUGCAGGGAAGCCGGCUGCUCAGAUAUCCUGGGUCCCGCCAGGGGAGCACAGCACUUCCAACAGGACCCACGGCAACGGGACGGUGACGGUGGUCAGUACCUACUGGGGGAACAGCAGCCACCUGUCUGACCUUGUCUGCUCUGUGAGCCAUGUGACCGGGAACAGGUCUCUGUCCAUGUACAGGACCUCAGGUCCUGGACCUUCUCAACUGCUGCCGCUUCUCUUGUCCCUCUCUGGGCUCCUGGCAGUUUUGAUCAUCGGGGGAACUCUUGGAAGUCAGAAACUCAGAGGUUGCUGCAGGACUCUCCCUCUUGUGAUACACGAAGCCAGCUUUGGUGCUAUAAAGCCCCUGGCCCCCGGGCUCCAGGGUUUGACCGGCGCUUCCCGCCAGGACCAGGAGGAGGAGGAGGAGGUGGAGAACAUUUAUCUCAACACCAGCGCAGAGAGCAGUGCCCACAGAAGAGCUCGGACCCCAGCUUCCAGCCAGGACCACGAGGAGGAGAUGGAGCACAUUCACUUCAACACCGGGGCAGAGAGCAGUGCCCGUGGGAACGCUUGGACCGAAGCUUCCUGCCAGAGGGAGGAGCACAUUUACCUCAACUUGAAGUAG